UGUCAACUUUCAUUCUGCUUACCGUGUUUGCUUCAUUUUCAGUGUUUAGAAUUCAGAGUGCAUAAUUAAAGUUGAAUUUUGAGUGAAUAAUAAAUUAAAACUAGUCAUAAAGUAAAUAAAUCCUAGGAAACUACUAUGGCCAACGUAGAAUCAAUGAUUGUAGAAGAGAAGUCUCACAUAAAACCUAUAGAUCGUGAAAAGACAUGUCCGCUGUUGUUACGUGUUUUCUGCUCGACUGGUCGCCAUCACUCGGUAUCGGAAUACAUGUAUGGUAAUGUGCCAAGCAAUGAACUACAGAUAUAUACCUGGCAAGACGCCACACUACAUGAACUCACAUCGCUAGUACGAGAUGUUAAUCCUGAUACUCGUAAAAAAGGAACUUACUUCGACUUCGCAAUAGUAUUUCCGAAUUUCCGCAAUAAUCACUACCAGAUGCGUGAAAUCGGUGUAACCUGUACUGGUCAAAAGGGUGCAGAUGAUACCAAAACAUUGGCACAAGCUAAAUUCUGCAUUGGUGACUUUCUAGACAUUUCCAUCACACCACCUAACCGUUUGCCGCCCAUACGCCGUCAAAGGCCGUACUAGUUAGCAGAUAAUGUAUGCUGCAAGCAUUAUUACUUUGCUACAAUACUUUACUUUUAAGGUACCUUUCCUUAGUGUUAUUUGAAUUUCGAUUAUUUUACCCAUUUAAGAUUUUAUACGAAAAAUGUGUACCAUUUGAAAAUUUGCUGACUGACCAAGGCAUAAAGUCGUUUGGGGGAAAAAAGAAAAUACAAAUUAAUAAAAACACAA